UGCUGCCUGGCGCGGAUUAAACUCCGGCAUGGGACACGCAGACUGCUUUUAAGUCCAAGAGGACCCUUUUGUCAUAAUCCUAGGGGAAUCUGGUCGUUUGCUGAUGGUCGGUGUCACAUUUAGGUGUAAAAUAUCAGGACGAAAAGAGCCAGCGGCUCCAACAAGAAGUCCACUGUCCAUAUCUGCCUCCACUUAUAAUUCACUUUUGGAAAGAUGGACAAGGAUUUCCCAUCAACACCCGCUCCCACCAACACCCAAAGGUCUUGCCCUGUCUCGGAUGGACCUCCCCGUCCCUCCCCCUCGCAGAUUCCUCCUUCGCCCAUCUCCAAUAACCUCUCUGCUGCACCUCCUGAGCACGACAAAUCUGCGUCCCCAUCAGAGCCCGGGAAAUCAUCUCAUUCCUCCCCAGCAUCCACACGUGCCGUCUCUGCACCAAUGGAUCCCUCUUCUUCUGUGGAUGAGAAGAAGCCCUCAUCAUCCCCUAAACCCACAUCUAAAAGUGUUUCCCCUGAACCUGUGUCUAGCAAAACUCCAACUCCAAAACUUUCCAAGCUUGCUUCGGCAUCUUCUUUGCCGAUAAACCAAUCCUCUGUGGAUUCCCCUCCUUCCUCCUCCAGUAAAGGUUUUGCAGCUUGUCACCACAAGCCCAGCUUUGCAUCACUGGCCAAGCGGGUGAUUAUACAGGAAAGACUGAGGAAAGCAGAGGAAGAGGAUGCCAACGAUGAAGAAGAUGGUGAAGAACCAGAGGAAGACCUGUCUCUGGAGCAGAUGGAGGAGAAAGCCGAAGCUGGAGAUGCCAGAGCUCAGACCCGGCUAGGUCAGCACUACAUGAUUCUUGCAGAAGAGAAAGACACAGAAUUAAAUAAUCGCCUGGCUGUUAACUGGCUCAUCCAAGCAGCUAAACAGGGAAGAAAAGGUGCAGCGAGGGCACUGCAGCGCUGCUGGAUCCAGAAAAAAGGAAUCACUCCAGAGAAUGAGGCCGAUGUGCGCAAGUUGUCCACGGAGAGUAAGUUCGAGCUGGCGGUGCGCAAAGCAGCCAUGAUGAUGUACUGGAAGCUCAACCCGGACAAGAAGAAGAAAGUGGCCGUGUCGGAGAUGCUGGAAAAUGUCAGCCAGGUCAAUGCAAUGCCGGGUGGCACUGCAAGCAGGAUUCCUGUCCCGACUUCAGGCCAGGCCCAGAAAGUGUUGGAGAGCAUGGUCAGCAAUGAGUCCAAACAGCUCGUGGACCUGGAUGACUUUGUUGAGAUGACUAAGAACUACGCACAAGGUAUUGUUCCCCCUGCUUCCCCAACUUCCAGCCAGGUCACGGCCAAAGCUGAAAGCCCCACACCCCUUGACCAUAGCAAGGAGGACAAGACUGAACUAGUUUCGUCAGGAUGCAAGAAGCCCCGCAAGACGUCUUGGGGUUUCGGCCGAAGCGGGAUGAUCCUGGACACCAAGCAGACCAGCGCCAUUACAAGAGCAAUGGGCAUGAAAUCACAAUUAAUGAUGCUGCAGUACCCAUUGCACGGAGUUGUCGAAAUGAAGGAGCACCUCGUCGACUGGGCCUCGCGGGCCGGCGUCCAGUGGCUGAGCACCAUCAUCCCCACGCAGCACGUUAACGCCCUCAUCUUCUUCUUCAUCAUCAGCAACCUCACAGUCGACCUGUUUGCUUUCGUUAUCCCUCUCCUCGUCUUCUACCUCUCCUUCAUCUCCAUGAUCAUCUGCACUCUGCGUGUUUUCCAGAGCAGCAAGACUUGGGAGAAUUUCAGUGCACUGACUUCUCUGCUGACGCGUUUUGAGCCUGGCCUGGACGUGGAGCAAGCGGAGACAAACUUUGGCUGGAACAACUUGGAACCGUACCUCUACUUCAUCUUCUCCGUCUUCUUCGUCAUUUUCUCCUUCCCCGUGGCCGACAAGAACUGGAUCCCCUGUUCUGAGCUCUCCACCGUGGCCAUCUUCUUCACUUUUGUCAGCUACCGGAGCCUCAGCCCCACUGCUGCGACAUACGCACGCAAGGCGAUAGUCAUAGAGGUGGCAUCAUCUCUGUGUUGCUUGACCCAGUUCCUGCCGGAGCACAUGACAGUGCUUCGUUUUUUGGGGCGCACCUUCACCACUCUGCCACUGGGGGAGUCUGUUGUCCUGAAGCUCAGUCUCCCUUGCCUGCUCUACCUUUACCUGUUCUACCUGUUUUUCAGCAUGGCGAGGAUGCGCGGCUUCCACGGGACCUACUGCUUCCUGAUUCCCUAUCUCGUGUGCUUCAUGUGGUGCGAGUUCUCCGUGGUGCUCCUCCAGCAUUCCUCCCCCGUGGGUCUAAUCCGCACUUGCGUGGCCUACUUUCUCUUCCUGUUCGCGCUGCCCGUUCUGGCGUUCGGCCUUGCCACCAUGCUCUUCAUCCAGCUCUUCAAGUGGUUCCUUGAGCUGGAGCUGACGAAGAUGAUUGUGACCCUGGUAGUAUGUGCCAUCCCGGUCACCCUGCGCCUCUGGACGCGCUUCAGCAUGUCCAUCCUGGAUGUCUUCCGCUCACUGACACACCGCGGGCCCGUCAAGCUCAUCUUACUCUGCAUCUCCAUGGUGGUUGUGUUCUUCUCCGUCUAUGUGUACCAUGCAGAAGGACAGAAGGUGUACAACUCCACCCUGACUUGGAGUCAGUACAGCCAGGUUUGUGGGCCUCCUGCCUGGGAAACCAAAGGCAUGGCCCAGACGCAGAUCUUCUGUGGCCAUCUACAGGGGCACAGGGUCACCUGGACCGGGCGUUUCAAGCAUGUCCGCGUGGCCGAGACAGAGAACGGGGCCCAGUCUGUCAUCAACAUGUUGCCUGUGUUCAUGGGGGACUGGCUACGCUGCUUGUACGGUGAGACGUAUCCCAAGUGUGAGCCAAAGAACGCCACAGCGGCAAACCUAACAACUUCGAACGAGGCGGCCGGCCCUGCGUCGGCCACCCUCGCAGUGCACAUGCUGCUUCAAAUGCAAGAAGAGGAAGAGUUGUGCCAUAUCAAGACUCUGGCGAAACACACAUGCCACGUCAAGCGCUUUGACAGCUACCGCUUUGAGGUGACCGUUGGGAUGAUCGGGUCCGAGGACGCGGCCCGGGAUAUACUCCUAAUGGCCAGCCACGAGUUCAGGCAAGUUCUGCUGAAUCUGACCCCUGGUAACAUGGUGGAGUUCAGCACCAAGCUGGAGGGCCGUCUAGGAGCCAAAGCUCCCGCCUUUGAGCUGAAGGCUAUCCACUGUCUGGACUGUGCGUCCUCACUACUCACAGGGGGCAGGCAGGUGAAGAUAGAGAGAGACUGGAGACGAACCACGAUGAGAGCCAUGAAGUUUGCAUUCGAUUUUUUCUUCUCUCCGUUCCUCUCUGCAAAAAUCUAAGAAAAAAAAACGGAGCCUUAUUCUUUUGAUGUGAUUUUCACCUUACUAGUGCAACUUAUGGUAUUGUUUACAAAUUGAUCUACAGUGUUUAUGUGCUGGCAUUUGGUCACCGUUAACCUGUUCUCAAUAUUAUUUAAUAUAUUUGAUCUUUUUAGUGCCAGAGUUUGCAAAAAAAUGUACUAUUUCAGUUUGUGUAUAGCAGUUGGAGAAUGGCCAGCUGCUAACUUUGGCUGCAGACACCCUCUUUUGGGUCUUUUAAUCAUUUUGUUGGAUGAAAGCCUGUAGUUUAAUUGUGCCAAAUGGUGUGGAGUGAAGCCAAUGCCCGGUGCUGACCACCUCUGAAUUCUCGGGGAUAUUGUACAUUUGUUAAAGAUAACCUAUUACCUGAGCGACAUUUAUCUUUGAUGGAGCAAAGUUGUCGAUGCUGCUUUUGUGAUAACAUAGUGUGUCGUUACAUUAGUGCAUAUUUAAAUGCACAGUUAGCUAUUUAUUUAUGGGCGUCCAGGAAACACAGUGAAGCGUGUGGAAGAAAGCUGUGCUAUGUUAUUUUCUUUGUGGUCUUAAAAUGUUUUGUUCUUAAGCUUAUUUAUCUAAAUUAGGGAUCAGAUUUUAUGCCCUGAGCAACAAUGCAUAUAUAUAUAUAUAUAUAUAUAUAUAUAUAUAUAUGGCAGUUUGAAAGCCAACAUAAACACUGACUGAGCUUUUUGAGUUUGCAGUAAUCGUGCAAGCUUUUUAAUGUGUGCUUGUGCAGUUGCAGUUUCAUUUGAUUAAAACCUCAAACGACAAAAUGCCACAUUAAAUUAUCUUAAUAAAUUA